CCAUCCCCCCUUUCUUCUUUUUUUCUUUUCUUCUUCAGUCCAUCCCUCCCACCAUUCAUAGACUUACAGAUUAAUUUAUUCAUCAUUCUCUGUGCUUUUGAUUGCUUUCCGAAUCUUCAGCUUCAAACGAAAGCUUCAAGUCAUUGUAGUAUAUUAGUAUAAUAUAGGGAAACAGAGAAAAUGCUCCUUAACUUGCAGGGAAGCCAUAGCCAUACAACAAAAUCUUUGACCCCUCAUUGGAUCUUCUCGCCGUCUUCUUCUUCUUCUUCUUUGAUUUAAGAAAAACCCAUCAGUUCUAUUGGAAAAGAAAGAAGAAGAAGAAGAAGAAGAAGAAGAAGAAAAUAUUUUUGGAUCUUGGUUUGAUUCCAUUCUCAGAUGUCUGAAUCCCUCUAUAAUGCUUACACUAUAUCAUAUAUGGGAGGAGGUGUAGCCGUUGGCCACCAAGAUUCAACUCUGUCUUCCUUUUGCUCCACUUCUUUAUGGUGUUGCUGAAAUGGCAUCUUACCUUAGCUCUGAGUUGUUGAAGAGAGUCACAUUUCUGCAUCUCAAAGUGUGGGUAUUAAUAGCUUUCUUUAUAGGUCUGUUCAUAGUAGUAGUUCUGCUGGUGUUGCCCUUUUGUCUGUCUCGCAAAAAGCCCAAAAGGAACGGAAAAACACUCCCCACAAGUCCCCCCAUUCCUCCCCUUUCAAAGGAGAUCAGAGUUGUGAACUGUUCUGCAAACAAUAACUAUUACAAUGACCCCUUUCAAGACGCCUAUAGAGACAAAGACUCUGAUAAGCUUUUGGGCCAUACUGAAAAGAAUCAGUCAGGUGACAACGACAAUGUUGGAUUGAUCUCUUACUCUUCUCUGUCUGAUUCGCCCCCGAAGCUUUCCCAGCUCGGCUGGGGCCAUUGGUUUACUCUGAGGGAUCUACAGAUUGCAACCAAUAAUUUCUCUAAAGAAAAUGUGAUUGGGGAGGGCGGAUAUGGAAUUGUUUAUCGGGGACAACUUGUUAACGGAAAUCCAGUGGCCAUAAAAAAACUACUACUCAACAAUCUAGGAGAAGCGGAGCGAGAAUUCAGAGUGGAAGUUGAAGCCAUUGGGCAUGUUCGUCAUAAAAAUUUGGUUCGACUUUUGGGUUAUUGUAUUGAGGGAACCCAAAGGUUACUAGUGUAUGAGUAUGUAAACAAUGGAAAUUUAGAGCAAUGGCUUCAUGGAGCUAUGCGCCAUCAUGGGUACCUUACAUGGGAAGCCCGAAUGAAUGUCAUUCUUGGCACUGCUAAGGCGCUUGCGUAUUUGCAUGAAGCAAUUGAACCCAAGGUCGUACACCGAGACAUUAAGUCAAGCAACAUACUCAUUGAUGACAAAUUUAAUGCUAAAAUAUCCGAUUUUGGGCUGGCUAAGAUGCUUAACGCGGGAAAGAAUUACAUCACAACCAGGGUGAUGGGCACGUUUGGAUACGUGGCGCCUGAAUACGCAAAUAGUGGAAUCCUAAAUGAGAAAAGUGAUGUUUAUAGCUUUGGAGUGGUACUUUUGGAAGCAAUCACUGGAAGGGACCCUGUCGAUUAUAGGCGCCCUGCGGACGAGGUGAAUCUUGUGAACUGGCUUAAAAUGAUGGUGGGAAGCAAACGGUCGGAAGAAGUUGUGGACCCCACGAUGGAGACGAGGCCCUCCACGAGCUCCCUCAAGCGUGCUCUUUUGACUGCCCUAAGAUGUGUCGACCCGAAUGAUCAAAACAGGCCAGCGAUGAGUCAAGUUGUCCGCAUGCUUGAGUCUCAGCAGUACCCAGUGCCUCGAGAGGGUCGAAAAGGGCAGAAAACCCAGGCAGGUUCUGUGAGAGCAGAGUGAAUCUCAUUGAGGGAAGAGUGAACCAUCUGAGACAUUGGAAGGAAGGUGUAAAGGGAAGAUUGUGAUAUACACUCCCCAUGUCCCAAAGUAGUCCAACUUCUUUGAGUAGUCAAACUGGACGGGCUUUAAUCAUCAACUAUACGGCGAGUAUACAAAUUGAUGAUUAGCAAAGUAGACGAAUAUUUUUUGGGGUUUAUAUAGAAUAAACGAUACGUAAUCAAAGCGGUAUUAGGAUAAAUUUGGUCUUCAAUAAUUUGGAACUAGUAUA